GGAUAGCCAGGAGAUGGCAGUGAAGAAUUAUCAUCACUGGGUUGUCUAGAUUUUGGCAGCUCAGAUGUGGAUGUCAUACCCAAUGUUGAAAGAAAUAUAGGUCUGUUUGCUAAAAAAAAAAAAAAAAAAAAAGUCAAAUUACUACAAAACUGCUUAUAGAAAGCUAGAGUUCCUUAUUGUUUCAGAGAGAGAGAGAGAGGAGAGAGAGAGAGAGCGCAAAUGGGUGCAAUACCAGUCCUGAGCUCAGAGUAUUUCCAGUUCUUUGAAAACGGAAUGGUGAAUUCUUGUCGCUUACAGUAAGUUAACAGGGGAUAACUAAGGUAAUGCUUUGGAUCUUGAUGAACUUCAAUCAGGCCUGCCACUGAGAAGCAAAGGUAAGGACUUCUUAGUAAUGACCUCGGUUUUAAUUUCUAAGUGAAGAGAGAGCAAGCACAUUCGUUCUAAAACAGAUCAGCAUUCUGGCAUUCCCUUGCAACAAUGCCUGUGCAAAAAAGAUAAAGGACAUUUGUGCUCAUUAGAGAAAAACUUAUUGGUCUAGAAAGGAAGGAACCCCAUAAUCUGAUAAUUAAACCUCAGAAGUUUGCCCAGGUCAGUGAGUUAAGUAUUGUAACUGGAGUAAUAUAGCUCCUCUUCGUUGUUCAGAAUUACUUAAAGGAAGGGCUUUUCAAUUAACUGCACUUUAAAGACAUUGAAAGCAUGGCAUCUGAACAAGGAAGUUGAGUCUCCACUAUAUUUGGAAAGUGUUGUUGCUAGGAUGAUCACUGGAUUUUCCAAAUCUCCUGGCCAGCAAGGCCCCCAGAAUGAGAGUUAUGAAGAAAAAUAUGAGCGCCGGUGCGAGAAGCACGAAAGCCUGCUCAGAAGAAAUAACAGGACCACAUGUCGUCUCACAAGCAAAUGCCAAAGCAAAGAAGCCAAGGAACCAGCUCAGAGCCCUCGACAAAAAGAAUUCUUCCGAAGAAGGAAUUUAACAACUGAAGAGCUUGGAAGGACAAAAAUGACUCUGCUUCCUGACAAGAGAGAAUCUUUAUUUCCUGUAAACUGUUCUGACAAUCUACAGAGAAUACCAUCUCAGACCUAUUUAAACUAUUUGUCAGAUAUCCAGCCUCAUACCAAAUCUAUACAACAUAACUUCAGUAAUAUUUUGCCUCUUAGCAAACCACCCCAAGCCUUGCUCGUUGUGAAUGUUCCCAAAAACUGUAAAGGUACACAAACCACAAAAGAACUGAGUUCUGAAAAGAAAAACUCCUGUCAGCAAACAGAUUGUGGAACAGCAGUUUUAGAUAAGGAAAUUAUUCAACUUUCUAACUACCUCAACGAGGCACUACAUCGAGAACUAGUAUUGAAGCAGAAAAUGGUGAUUUUACAAGAGCUUCUAGCCAUGUUAUUAGAAGCAGCAGAAAAAUCUUGGAAGGGUCAGUUUAAUGAAGACAAACUCAAAUGCAGGCUGAGUGUGCUGGAGAAUCAACUGCAGAUAUGUACCCAGAGUUAUUCAAAGCGAGGCUUAAAAAGGAUUCUCCUCGAGAUGGAAGAUCAAAAGCAGAAUUAUGAACAGAAAGUAAAAGAAUCUCUUCAGAAACUGCUCGAGGAGAAAACGCAGGCACAAAAGCAAUUUCAAAAUGCCCAGAGAGCCCUAACUGUUGCCGAGGAUGAUUGUAGCCUCUGGAAAGAUCAACUUGACAACUUUAAAAAAGAUUGGAGUCAACUAACUGACCAGCACUCUGAAGUCAAAAACAAGCUGCAUGCCUUGGAGAAUAAACUGCAGUGGUCAGAUACCCAGAACUGUCAACUUCAACAAGCCCUAAAAGACAUGGAGAAUGAGUGUGCAAAUCUAUAUUCAAGAAUUGAUAAUCUGCAAGAAGAAAAGAGACUCAUCAUGGAAUAUCUUGGUGAAGUGGAAGGCAAGCUGCUAACUGAAGAAAAGCAAAAACUCAUACUGGAGGCAACAACUGAACAUCUUCAAAAACAGAUUGUCACAGUGCCCAAUGAAGUCCUCAGUUGGAUGAUAACUAAGCAGAAUGUCCAAUCAGAGGAUCAAGAGGGAAAGAAAGAGAGCAACCUGAGAGAAGAACUGCAAAAAAGGACAUCCCAGCUUGCAGCUAAGAAAAAAGAGUGCACUGAUCUCUGCCAUAAACUAAAGAUCCUGAACAAUGAAUAUAGCAGUUGCCUUGCCAAUUUACAGCAUUGUCAUGAUGAACUCAAGCACUCUCAAAGCAAACCAGCCCAGAGAAAUUAUGAUCAUUGGAUUCCUAUCAUAAUGGUAAUCAUGGUAACAGCUCUGGUAUCUUAUUUAAGCAACUUUAUACCUUGAAUAUACCUUGUCUUAUUUGCCUAUUAUUGAUUGCACUAUAGCAGUCUAAAUUAUCCCAAAUAGUUAGUAUUUCAAUUUUAAAAUGUCUUGUAAAAUUAAGAAUCGCGUAUUGUACUGAAACUCCUACUGAAGGAGUUUGUCUGCUUGGUUUUGUGUAUUGCUUAAAUUAGUUUUUGUAUUAUUAUUAAAACCAAAGCAACAAAUA